AUGUCAUUUGGAAACGACUUGUCGGACUUUGGACUUGGUAACAAUGGCGUGAAAAUUACGGUAAACUACUUUGACGGGCUAACUGACCAGAGCUUAAUCGGCGCUUUGGGGUCAGUUGAGUUGCAGUUAAUCUUCAAGUCACUACUAAAAAGGGAUGAGACUACGAAAGAACGAGCAGUAAAUGAAUUAUUAGAGCUCAUGAAAGACCCAAACGGGAACAGGCAAGUCUUCGAAGAUGAAUGCUUUGCGUUAUGUUGGUCCCAAAUAUAUGCUAAGCUUAUAACAAACGAAUCAAGAAUCCUUCGGAUAUCUGCGCAUACGGUAACAACGAGUCUUAUCAAGAUUAUGGGCAAAAAGGGUGCCAAGUUUUUGAAAGAUUUCGUACCCUUCCUUCUGUCGGGAAGUUAUGAUCACGAUGCCACCGUUGCCAAAGCUUGUGCAAACAGCACCCUUGAGUGUUUCGGAAAUGAUGUCACAAAGGUUAACGCACUCUGGACUUUGUUUUUGCCUCAAAUCCUGAACUUUGUCAAGGAGUUGGUAGUUGUUGAAAGUCAGGCAUCUCUUUCCGAUGAGCGUUAUGUGUCAAAACAAGAGUCUGAGCUGAAAUAUAUCCGUGUUGUUACAUCCGCCAUAUGUGUGCUGAUACGUUUGAGUAAAGAAAACGCUAACGAAAAUUUGUUGCGGAACCCCUUAUACCAAGAGAUAAUUUCAAAUUCAGAUCUGUGGAAGCUUUUGUCUUUCAAGAAUAUGCAUAACCUCAAGACUUGCGAAAGCUUGCUUUUGUUAGCCAAGACUCUAUGGGAUUUAGGCUUUCUGCAGUCUUCUAAAGAUGUCUUGAAGCCUAUUUCGAAGAGAUUGCUAAAAGCUAUCAGUCAGAUUUCGUCUAAAAAUGUUUUCAGUGUUUCACCAAUCUUUCCUGAUAUCUUGUCAGUAAUGGUCUGCUUGAAUAACUAUAAGAAUGGUAAAUUUCUGUCUUGGGACAAGUCGUCCAGGGAGAAAAUCCAGACUUUCUUACUCCUGGGACCUGGCAAUGCGGAUCCUUCCUACUACCAGUUGCUUUUAUCAUUUUAUGAGAACAUCAGCCCCUAUCUGGAUCUCGACUACGAAAGUGAUUGGCUUCCAAUUUGGCGCAAAGAUUUGCAAUAUGAAAAAGAGAGAAGAGGCGUCCCUGCUAGAAAGGAGGCCUUGCUGAACCAAUUUUGGAUCAACUACCUUAAAUUUACAUCAGAAGCUCCAUUGCAGUAUCGAGAAAUUGCGAAUUCCAGCAUAGUCAAAGACAUUAUCGAAUUUCUCAACGAAAAGUCAUUGACGCAAUCCAAAAGUUUGAUAAAUACAUUUUCCAAAGCACUGCCUUUUGAAAUAUUGAAAUCCGAACUUAUUAGCAUACUCCCUGUUGGUACAAAUAAACAACACGAAAACAAGUGCUACAUAGAGAAUCUUUUGGAUAUUGCUUUCGAAAAAGAGGACAAUAAACCAUUUUUGAAAAGCGUCGCACAAUUGGUAAUAUCGUCAUUGGAGGAAAGGCCUGCGGAAGAAAUGUAUUUUAUUCUGUGUUUCUUUGACCGCCUAACGGAAACUGAUGUUUCACAGCUCAAUGACGAAGUUUUUUCUUUCCUGAAAAUGCUGCCAAACUAUCUUUCUCCAAAGUUUUAUGAUGCUCCAUUCAAAUUUCUACUUGAUUUUUCAAAAUCUCGAAAGCUGAUAUCAUCAAACCAGAGUGGUCUUUGUGAUGCACUCGAUCGAUUUCUCCAAUCUUUCUUGUUACUGGAUAUUCCUCGCACCGUCAAGGUUUCUCAACUGACCAAAUUAGACAAAGAGCUGUUUGAAAAGCUGCUUGAUCGCUCAGAAGCCCUGCAACAAUUCAGAAGCCUUGUUAUCAAUUCUUUUGACUUUUCAAAUCCAGACUUCUAUCAAGCGCAUUUCUUAAGUGAAAACAACAUAAUCAAGGUAUAUGAACUCGCUGUUGGUCAUAACCAACUCGAUCAGUUUUGUUCCAACUGUGUUGUUAUUCAGCCCUCACUAUACGACUAUUUGCUGCAAAAAAGUAACUUAAUCGCCGAUGCAUUAUUUGAGGAUUUUGGAACUGUAACUUCACAAUUGAAGAAUAAAGUUCUUGCGCUUGCGGAAAGCGAUGAAGCCUUGGGAGAGAAAGCAGCACAUGCUGUUCUAAAGCAUGUGAGAAGCAAGUUCAACGAGCUCUCAGAGGAGUUUUUCCUGUAUGUGGAAAAACUUUUGUCAAUUAGCCCAAAGGCGAAGGAUGUCAUUUUUGUAGGGGAUCUUUACGCAGAUCUGGAUAAAUCUGUUCCAUUUUUGAGCCAUCAAUUGGCUUUGAGCAGUUCUUUGGGUCUUAACGUGCACUUCCUCGAUACCUCAAGUGAAAAUCUCAACCGCGAUUUGUGCUUGCCAUCUUUAAGGUACGCGGAGUUUAUUGAUGCUUUGUUGAAAAGAAACCAAUCAUUCCAAACUGAAAACAACUUGCUGUUUUUGACCUUAGCCAGCGAGCUUGCCUCGGACUAUAACUUUUUCUCCGCGGAGCCCUUGGAUCACCUUCAGGAUCUUGAAUGCGUGGUAUUCAAGGAUUCUCGCUAUAAUUUCGACUUUCACACAAUAGUCGAUUCAAUCCUCAACCCGGGAAAUUCAAACAUUUCAGUUUUGAAAACUCUCAACACUUUAGAAAACAUAAGUGAUGUCGCCAUUGUGUACAACUGUCGUGUUCUUCACAAAAUGCUCGGCAAUGCAGUGGACCUGUCCUCUCCGUCAGAUGCUAAGGAAUUGGCGGCAAUUGAUAAGUUUGUGACCGAAAGAUUAAGAGCCAAGGGCUCUUCUAGUAGAGAGUUUUUAAUGGCAGGUACGCUAUUGCUGUCAGUUUCAAGAAGCGACUAUUUUACCGAAUCUUUGACGAGAUUGAGGACUUUCUUGGCUUCUGAGUUAAUCGGAGCAAAGGGUGCAGAGAUGGUUAAUAGGGCUCCUAAGGUAACGAUACUACUAAACGAUAUGCUAGUGAGCGAAGGGACCAGAUUGCAUAAUAAUAGUUACGUUCCUAUUGCACAUCAACGUCUUAGAAUGGUCCUUACUGAAAUAGGCAAAUGGUUUGAUUCGGACCUCUGCUAUGACGAAUCUUUCAUAUUAUUGAGGCUGUCAGUCCUGAAGUUUCUGAUAUCUUUGCUGAAACACUCUUCUUCGGUCUCACUUGGGAGUCUUUUGUUCGAUUUGAGUGUUAGGGUUCUGAAGGACUGCUUUGAGGUAUUGAGCCUUGACGAAAUGUUGUUUUCCCAAGAACUCAGCCUUUUUUCAGUGUAUCUAUAUCAACAGCUGAUCGAGCUCGGCAAGAAUAAUGCUCUAGAUGCCGGCUUAUGGCAAGAGACGGAAGUCGGGAUAUUGGAAAUCGCAGUGGAGGUUUUUAUGAUGAAGACAGACCUGCAGAAAGCAAACCACUUUACGUUCCUCUUUUAUCGAUUGCUGGUUCAGGUUUUUUCUGACGCAUCUGUGGAGCACUUCUUGCCGUUAACGAACAAUCUGCUGGAGAAAUUUUUGUCAUCCCCCGACUUAAAUAUUGACCAAACAAGGUUAAUUGUCCUCGUUUUGAGAAAGUCAAUAUUGGCUAAGCAGCAAGAUCUUUUGAUCGAAUAUGAGCUAAGCAAUGCUUCAAAAUCUGCAGAGGAUGAGCCAAACGACACAUUCCAAUUUCCCUCGUUGUUAUUGACGGCAAUUGAUCAAAAAAUGCCCGAAGAAUAUCUUGAGUACGAGAAUGAAGACCAGUUUCUAAAAUACCUGUGGUGUUGCUAUCUUGCUUUGUCUUACUUGAAAGACAUUUCAUACAAUUUGAGGCAAUCUUUCAUCAGCCAGUUAAAGGAUCAAGGUCUUGUAACAAAGCUGUAUGACUUUAUAGCAGACCAGUUGAAUUUAGAAGACAAGGCUUGGAUACCAACUGACGAGAGCACUAUCGAAACUUAUGAUGUUGCCGCGCCGGACUCAUCUUCUACUAAAUCAGCUCUAUUACAGGAAUGCAAAGAGUUGAUGCUGCAUUUGCUCUAUGUGCUUUUUAAGAACAUGGGAUCCAUGACGAGUUCAUGGUGGCUCAAUCUUAAAGACAGGUCUUUGCAAGCCAAGGUUGAAAAAUUCGUUACAAUGCAUGUAUCCAAGCUUCUGAUACGUCAGGAGCUGAAAGAAGUCAGUGAAAAGGUCAAGAAACUAACUUCUCAAGAUGAGAGUCUAACAAUUAGGCUAAACAAUGCCACCAACGAAAUUAAAGCUGGUUACCUUGUCGACGAACAAAAGUUGGAGAUCUCGCUCAAAAUUCCCUCAAACUACCCCCUCAGCAACAUCCAAGUUCACGGAAACUCUAGGGUUGGAAUUAAUGAGCAGAAAUGGAAGUCGUGGAUUUUAUCAGCCCAACGAGUCAUUGUUGGAAUGAACGGCUCAGUGAUGGAUUCACUAGAACUUUUCACAAAGAAUGUGAAUUUACACUUUUCAGGAUUUGAGGAGUGUGCAAUUUGCUACUCCAUCCUCCAUGCUGUUGAUCGCAAACUACCCUCAAAAGUUUGCCCAACAUGCAACAACAGGUUCCAUGGAGCUUGCUUGUACAAAUGGUUCAGAUCGUCCGGCAACAACACAUGCCCGCUAUGCCGUAGCGAAAUCCCAUUUAGAAGAUAA